UGACGUUGACAGCCUAAGUUAGUGAAUCAGUCUUUGGUGGGGACCAAGCAGCAGCCGACUUACAAUAAUAAAAUCUACCACACAAAAGUACCUGUAAGUGUUUCUUCCUGCCCCCAUCCGUGCUGCCACGGAACAAAGCGCAUAGUCUUGCACGCCUCCUGAAGCGCUUAAAAUGUUUCUUGUCAAUCGCUUGAACAAGUGGGUUUUCGGUGACGGCUCGAAAGAAACAGUAAUCGAGGUUCCAGAGGGCCAGCUCUAUCUUGUCCGACCUCUAUCUCCUAAGGGUUACUCGGAGCUUAUCUACAAAGACGCCUCCCUCUCGAUCCGCCGUACCGCACAAGAAUACAACUACCAGCUUGUGGCGACUCGUGUCUUCGAGGAAGGCGAAGAGGAGCUUCUUGAAGAAGACGAAGGCGGUCUGGAAGGCGAGACGCCCCAGAACCAGGACGAGCAGGCCUUUCUGCUUGACGAGGCUCUCGAGUUCCGCGUUACCAUACGCGAUACUGGCGAGAAAGUUUUCGCGUGGCGUGACCUGGACGGGAGCGCAGGCGAUCUCUGGGAGUUUGUCUGCGAUUUCAACACCAAACCUGAGACUGUCGAAGCAUUUCAGAUAGCAGCCUUUCGGUGCCAGUUCGAGCGUAAAUACAAACAAUCAGCUAACGAGGUCACAAGGGAAGAAUUGGAACAAUUUUCCUUCUCGAACGAGCCAAUCCCAAGUGCAAGCCCGAUACUGCCAGCUGCUCACGGUUCGAGGAGUCCCACUAGAUCGUCGAGUGUUGUCGAUACGAAGUUAAGUACCGAUAUAACGACUGCUGAUGUUAUGGCUCCGAAGGCGACAUCCCGCGAAUCUCGAGCUGCGGACACUGCAGAAAAGGACCAGUUGUGCCGUGAGCAUGGAGAGCUUCACAUGUAUGACCUUGAGACGCGGACUUUCGUGCGACAGGAGGAGCUCGUUGAAUUGGUUGUUUUCGAUCUCGGAAACUUCAACUAUUGGCUCAAAGUGCAGAGCAACGAAGCAUCCAUAGUCGGACGCGCAGUCACGGACGAUUUGGCACCGGUGUUUAACUUUGAAUAUCUUUCAUUUAUAUUCAAUGUUUUCGAGGAGAAUGGCAACGCUGUUUCUUGGCUCCUACGUGUCAAGGACCAGCCGACGCUCGAUAGAGUCCAGCAAGGCGUUAUGCAGGCCUUAUGGGAGCAUGAGAAUCGCACAAAGUGGAACAAGAUUUCUGCAGCAGAGCAGAGUUACCUUCUCGAAACGCUUAACGAUCUUGAGCUUAAUGAUGCGCCUGCUGAAGAUGAAGAGCCGGAAGACGAAGAGGAGGAUGACGAAUCCGAAGCUGGAGGUGUGCGUAGUGACGCUUACGAUUCGGACGAAUCUGCCGAAGACGCCGCUGCUCAGGAUAAAGACGGCAAUGUCAAUUCUUUGUUAGCAGUUGGCGCGAAACACGAUCGUUCAUUCGUCGUUCGCGGCUCAAAGAUCGGUGUCUUUAAGCAUACCGAUAAUAAUGAGCUGGAAUUUGCUACCAACAUUUCGAAGGUGCAGACACCGAAGGGUAAAUUGUUUAGUCCUAAGAAGGUAAUGCUGCACAUGAGCGAUCGAAACAUGGUGCUGCAAGACCCAGCGAAUUCCAACGCGGUAUAUCGUAUGGACUUGGAGACAGGCAAAGUUGUGGACGAAUGGAAAGUGCACGACGACAUUCCAAUCAACGUGUUUGCUCCAGAAGAGAAAUUCGGUCAACUCACUGACAAGCAAACUUUUCUUGGUCUCUCUAACAAUGCCAUAUAUCGUGUUGACCCGCGUCUCUCUGGUAAUAAACUUGUCGAUACGGACAUGAAGCAAUAUGCUACCAAAGGCAUUAACUUCACCACGGUCUCCACGACUGACAAUGGUUACAUCGCCAUUGGCAAUGAAAAAGGAGAUGUCCGGCUCUAUGACACUCUUGGAAAGCAGGCUAAGACAGCGUUGCCAGCUCUAGGUGGGAACAUUAUCGGGCUCGAUGUAUCAGCUGAUGGUCGUUAUGUCCUCGCUACAUGCAAGAACUACCUGCUUCUUAUCGAUACGCUUCAGAAGGAGGGCAAAUACGAGGGCAAGCUCGGUUUCGAACGUGCAUUCCCAGCGGACAAGAAACCGACGCCAUAUAAGCUCACAUUGACUCCUCCGCACAUUGCAGAAUUCCAGCAUCAGACGGGCAAACCGCUGUCCUUUACUCCCGCACGCUUCAACACUGGCCCGGAAAACAAAGAGACCACUAUUGUGACUGCAACAGGCCCGUUCAUUAUUACAUGGAGCUUGAAGAAGGUCUUAGAAAAGCGGAAGGAUCCCUACAGUAUCAAACGGUACAGUGAGGAGGUCAAGGCGGAUAACUUCAGAUUUGGUAGUGAUAAGGGCAUCAUAGUCGCACUUCCAAAUGAGGUCGAUCUGGUGAGAAAGGCGCAAUUGAAAAAGCCGACGAGAGAAAGCAUCGCUCCUCCGAGGCUGUCGAGUCGUGGUGGAAGGUCAAGCGGGUACUUACGACGUAGCGAUGUUGUCAAGGAAGCUUACUAAAGUCAUUAAGAAGUAACAGAAUCAGGCGCUUUUGGGAGGUUAUUGAUGGCAAUGUGGUACAUAGCAACAUAUUCUCCGGGAUAAACACUCACUUGUGAUAGCUUUUUUUUUCCACUCCCGCCUGGCACAGAUGAUCGAAAAACAUGGGUUAACGUGGGUGGAUGAACGGUGGAGAUUGUUGAUAGCAAGGUUACAAUGAAUAGAUACCCGGUCUCGUUUCCUCUUCCA